AUGGAGAUUAUCCAUCAGUUGUUUAAAGCAAUCAGAGAAGCUUCAAAAGACAUCAAGCCUGAAGGUCAGACUACAGGGUCCAGCUCAGACUCAGGCUGUCCCUGGGAGGGGAGUGACCAGUCCAAGUCAUUGUUUGAGGUGAAGUACAUAGGUCGAGCUAAGGUAGGGGCAAAGCGUGUCACAGCUGAGUACAUAGACUGCCUGGCUGAGAAGAUGAUUGCCAGGGAGGAAGAUCUGUUGAUGAAGCGGAUCGAGGAGAGGGAAGAAAGGAGGAAACAGGAAGAGAAGAUCAAAGAAGAAGACAGUGCCACAGUUCCAGACCAGCCUGACAAUGCACCCAACCUGGAGCAUGGCUUCCAGUCAGACCACCCAAAGCCUGAACUAGACCUGGCCCACCUCACGGACAGAUCUUGUCAAGGCUCCAGUUCCAGCCUAGAGAACACAACCUCAGGUUCCUCUAGCUUGCACCAUACACAGGAGUACAACUCAGUGGACAUAACCAGUCCAGGGGAGAUAACCAAUCCAGGGAACAUAACCCCAGGCUAUGCCGGCUCUGGCCAUUUUUUCAUUCCAUCAUCCCCCAGUACCAGUUCUGUGGAGAGCAACUUCAGCUUCACCGAGCCACCCAGAACAACGGAGCCACCCAGAAACACGGAGCCACCCAAAACCACGGAGCCACCAAGCCCAUCCACCACAUUUCACAGUGACCCUCUGGGCGUGUUAUCAGCUGCCCAACCCCCGUCCCCAAACAACGCAGACACCCUUGUAAACAAGUCCGACCCGUCACGCCGGCGCCAUUCAUCCCACAGGGAGGAGGGGAACGUGUACAGUGAAUCUGUCAUCAACAGGUUCCGCCACGCCAGCGGGGACUCGCAGGAUAGCUUGGUCAGCCUGCAUGAGCCGAGCCGGGUGAUGGUCCUGCAGAUUAGCCAUCAGGAUAUCUCUCUCAUCAGCCUGGACAAGAAGGUGGCCAUACUGGAGUGCAAGUUUAAAGACAUCUCCUCUGUGUCACAGGGGCACCAGAAGCCUGAUAUGUUUGGUGUGGUGGUCAGGGAGGGAAACACAUUUAUCUGCUACAUCCUCAGAUGCCUCAAUGGACCAAUGGUGACUGAGAUAAUGGGUACACUACAGACGGCGUUUACAGCUGCGUACAGCAAGGGUGGGAGUGCAGCCACAACAGCCACCACGCAGCAGCAGAUGUGCACCAUGUGCCCCCUGCACCAGCUGCACAGGCUCAGUCAGGAGAUGUCUUCCCUCUCCACACAGGCAGCCCAUGAUUUGCUGGUGAAAAAAGUUCAUCAGUUGCCUGAAAAAGAUGUUACUGACUUCAAUCAUUACAUGCAGGCUGAGUCACCAGAGUCCUUUGAAGAGAACAAUGAAGUGAUCAUGAUCUACUUGAGGAAGUUGUGUGAGAGGAAACAGAAGGAACACACUCACAUAUCAGAUGGCAACAGGACAAACAAGAUUGAGAUAAAUCUGUUAGAAGAAAAGACCAAACUGUUUGAAGGAUUUAGGAGCAAAGCUAGAAAAAGUCUGACGACUUCCUUUGAAAAUUUACUCAGUCGGGGCAAAAAGAAAGAGGAGAUCAAGGACGGCAUGAGACAAAGAAGUUGGACAACAGACAGCGAGGCAAGUUGGCAAUCAAUGGUAAGUCUGGUCUCUCCGUAUCUGUGUGUGUGUAUCUGUAAGAUUUUCACAUUCUAGAUGUGUUUACAGAUAUGCAAGCAUUAGCCAGGCUAGGUAGUGCUCCGCGGGC